ACUGUUCUACGUGUAAAUUAGCAGCAAAUAAUACGGCUAUAUUGGAGGACCGCGACAAGAAAGAAGUACGAAUUGUUAUUAGCACUGGUUUACUAACCAAACAACUUUAUUAACAUCUCGACCAGCUUGCGAUUUUUCGAGGAGAACGUAGUAGUUACCAAGUCUGUACCAUGUUACGUCGAAUAUCGGUAUCGCGCGCGAUUCGACGGUACAAGUUGUUUCAUCUUGUCUUCCCGUUCCCAUUUCUAUCGGUCAAGAUAUUUCUUUCAUUCCUCAGACCCGGUGUUUACUUCUUCAGUUAUUACUGUCUGACGUUCGUAUCUAUUUAAUCCCUUCAUGUUUACUGUAUGAAUGCGAAUAUGGAAAACUUUUACUUUUUAAUGAUUACGAAGUUUUUCAUUAUACAUCUUUGUUUUGUGAUUUCGUUAUAUUCGCAAGAAAACAGACUGAUAUGCAUUAAAGAUAAGAAAUAAUGUUCGCUGCAUCUAAUUGUGAGUACGGGCACGAAAGGGUUAACCGUUUGCCAUCGACGUGCGUUUCAUCUUAGUUGCGGCAAAAUUAGUUUCGCGCACAAAACGCGUAUCUUUACUGUUCGCUUCUUUUUUUUUCCCCGUAAAGAUGUUAACCUUGACACGUACUCGGUAUUCUGAUGAAACACCUUCUAGCAAGGGUCGUACGAAAUACACUUCCAAAAAGUAGUACACACAUUCAACCAGUCUUGGGGAGCGAGUAGGUCUUGUUUCUCGUUCUCCCACCAGCGAAAAUGUUUUCGGAUGCGACUGCCAACUAGUCCACCGUGCGAACGAGCCGACUUGCACGAAUAAAAGUCGCGGGCAUCGUCUAGUUCAAACUGAUUUUUUGCGUUACCAUACGUCGGCGCGUAGUAGUCACGUUUAAAAUCUUUUUAUUCAAUUCGUGACCUGUUGACACGUGACUCCGACGUUUUAGGUAUUAACAAUCGAUCGCAACGAGAAUAUUCGUUUCCCCAAAACGACACGAUAGAACGUCGAUUAUCGAAAAUAUUAAGAAAACUGAUUUUUUCACGAAUUCGUCGACGCUAAAGGUAAUUCAGCUCGACUUACAGUAAUUAGUUUUUCUUGUAAUACACUUGUCUAUCGAUAUUUUAUUCCAUCGACGUUGCACCGUGAUCAGCCUCGUUGAUACGGAUCGAAACUCUUCUUUCGGCUCGUGCCAAAAGAUUUUAUAUCGGGUAAAUGUAACGUAGUUUGUCAGUUCUCCAACGUGACUGUGAAAAACCGACGUGGAAAGGAAGCGUUACGAAGCGUACGUACUUGCUGCACACGGGUGUGUUAACGUUCAGAUUCUGACCGACGUGUAUGAGUUUGACGUUUAAUUCGUCGUUCGCGGACGACCCAAUUAUUCAGUUCACCGUCGUGUACAUUGGUUCAUGCGUCUACGUUUCGACGCGCUGAGAUGGGUAGAAUUCUCAUCGAAGCAACGAACUUUGUAGAACGUGUAAAAGAACCACUUUCGAUUCGCCAUUUAUCAAAUACGAAUUAGAAUGUGAAGUGCACAAAUAAAUCGUGCUUCGUGUUGAACGAAUAGAAGCUUAUCACUGCGAACAAGUUAUUUUGUUUUGUAAUUAUUGUUCAUUCUGCUCAUCUUUGGCGACAAGUUCCGUCCUUUUUAUUAUUUUAAACGCGUCAGUUUUACCUCGUUUCUGUCAUUGCGGCAUAUAUUGCGGAUGCCGGUUCAGACCCUGGUCUGUUCCGUUGCAUCAUUACGCGUGAUCUCGACGAAGCACAUAUAUUAUGCAUAGCAUUCUCGAAAUUCGAUAAGAUCGCGACAGAUGUCAUCGGACGUGUUACAUUACACUUGAGAAAUUCGCGCGUAACGUUCCGCCGAGGGCAUCCGACGAUGGUAAUAGCAAAAGUGAACACUUCAAGAACAAAGAGUUAAUUGGAAUAGCAAACUACGAGGGAAAGGCGAAGGAUGCUCGAAGAUGCGCGCAGACGUAUAUGGGGACAAGUUUUAACUGGCAGUUAUCAGUCCUGAAACCGCAUUUGGAUUUUCGAGAGAUAACCCGAUGUCCCUCUUCAUCCCUGUCGAGUGUACUCGGAGAUUCGCGCGUCUCCUGGACAGAAUGGGGCGAAAUUUUCAUUGAAAGAUAAAAGAGCCGAUCGCAUUAUCGACGAUGGCUAGCAGUCGACACUUAAAAUCGUAUCGGAUAUCUGACAGAGUCGUCGCCGAAGGAGAAGACGGUGGCUUCUGAAGGUCGCGAAAUCAGAGUCUAAACAGUUAUCAGGCGAUAAUGUUUCGUCGUUGUAGUCUACUCGACCGUCCGUAAUCUGCUUCUAGUGCUGUGGUAGUAGGAAUCGAGACGACGAUCCACCCGCGAACAGCUUCGGUGUUCCGUUGAGUUACCACCGACUGGACCAAGUCGAGUGAAUGUGAAAAAGAGCAGAUCGGACCGCGAUGAAACUCAACGAAAGGGAUCUUCCAUUGAAGGUCGAUCAUCGUUGUUGCUCUUGACGUUAGUCUACGAUAUCCUCAAGCAAAGAAUGUCGAAGAAACAAUGGAUGGUCCUGCUGAUGCUGUUCUUGACUUACUUGCUGCUAGGUGCCUCCAUCUUCUACCAUAUAGAGAGCCGCCUGGAGAUCGAGCGCGUCGAAAAGGCCAAACAAGAACGCAUCGAGAUUAACGCUUUACUACACACGCACUACAUGCCCAGCUCUAUUCACGAUCACGAUGAAAUUCUUGACAAGUUGACAAAAUACUGUGGAAAGUCGGUGUACAAUUAUACCGAGGGCGAGACGGACCCUCUGAAAUGGGACUUUUACAACAGCUUUUAUUUCGCUUACACCGUCGCCAGCACUAUAGGUUACGGAAACUUGGCCCCCACAAACAUGCUGGGUCGCAUCUUGAUGAUAUUUUACGGUCUGGUAGGCAUACCUAUAAACGGAAUUUUGCUGGCGCAAUUGGGUGAAUUUUUUGGAAGUGUCUUCGUGAAAGCGCAUCAGAAGUACAAAGCGUAUAAACACGGCCGCAACGAUUACCAUCCCAGAAAAUUGACGACGUUCGAGACAGGAAAACUGGGAUUGGCAGCACAGAUCUUCGUUUACUUGAUGCCUGGAUUCAUCAUGUUCAUAUUUUUCCCAGCGUUUCUUUUCUCUCAUUACGAGGGUUGGAGUUAUGACGAGGCCGUUUAUUACGCUUUCGUCACGCUGACGACCAUUGGGUUCGGAGAUUAUGUGGCAGGGCAAGACAAUAGCAAAGGUAGCGGAGUUUUUUUCAUUUUAUAUAAAACCUUCCUAAUAUGCUGGAUCUCAUUUGGAUUGGGAUACAUCGUUAUGAUCAUGACUUUUAUCGCUCGUGGUAUGCGCAGUAAAAAGAUCACGAGAAUCGAACGUAAACUGGCGUUAAAUUUAAAGCACACGCAAAGUAAGAUCUGGAACGAAUUCAAUAAAGAGAUAGACUAUGUGCGCCGCGUCUUCAAUGAACUCCAACUCUCCAAGGUCAAGAGAGUGUACGUCGACGAAUGCAUUUACGAAAUUCCACCUGCGAAGUUUCCUCGAAGCAAUAGCUUCCCCGAUCUUCGAGAGUUAUUGCAUGGCGCGAGGGGAAACGACAGUAUGCGUCAUUACAGACCUCGACGUCGUGCCAACAGCGAAGUGGUACCCACCGAGGAGGAGAAAAUAACACGCGUCGUUUCCGAGACGGACCUCCAGAGGAUUGAUAAAACGGCAACCUUCGCUACUCACGCGAUGGUUCAACCAGCAGAGCUCCUAGCGAGACUGGUCAAUAUCCUUGGUUAUAUUCCGCCAGCCACGGACGAUAUCGGGGUCGACGGCUCGAAUCAGACCACUUUCGUCGAGCCAGAGAUUAUGCACCGAAGCAGAAUCGACGAUAACCUCAAGGAUUCAACGGGAAAGGAACCGAUCUACCCCCAUACUUCAAACGGGACUGGCAGCUGGGCGAUCGGCAACGAGCGAAUUCUCCGAUCUCCGCAGCCUCGUUCAAGAGCAGCCAGCGAAAUCAGACUGCACGAGACUAAGAACGAGGACCGACACGUCGACUGGACAUGGUCCGGUCCAAUGGCUACCAGGAAGAUUCGAGAGAUGAUGAGAUCGCGAACGAACGAACCGCCGAGCAAGGAUAAUCGCGGCGGUAAGGAUAAGUUCUCCAGGUUUCGUACCUUCUCGUUGGCCAAAUCCGUCCCGAAAGCUUUGAUCUCGUCAGGUCCGUGGAAAAGUCGUUUCUCCUCUAGUAUGGAGAAGAAAAGUACGGAAGUGGAGGGAAACGCUAAGGACCCAGAAGAGUCGUUUGUAUCAGGAGCGUCGUCGUUCGACGAUAGACGACAAGACUCGAUCACUGCAUCGACCUCGAGAAGGAAUUACUAUACGCACACAGGUGCUGGCAACAACAAUCCUUCGGAAACGGAAGGCAGCAGUCUGCUCGAGGAAACCAGCCUGGCCGAUUUCCUGCGGGCUCUUACUCUUCUACACGCGAGUGUAGCUACUACCGGCAGCUGGACUGCCGGGACCACCGACGAUGAUCUUGCUAAUUUAUCUCGACCACGAAGAAAAAUGGGAACAGCCUCCCUGUCACCCCCGAAACUACCCAGCCUCUUCACUUUGUUUUCGUCUCCACCGCCUGGAACCACUACGCAGAGCAAUCAAAAUACCAUCACGCAAGAGUCGAGCCUUCCCGCAGCUCAUAACUUGAGAAGGAGCAGCUUGGUUUUCGCCAAUCCUACGACUGUAAAACCCAGGCGAUUUUCACUGAGGCCUGUGCCAACACCCAUCAGUCCCCCAACACCACCAAGAAGUGGUUCGCCUUUCUUAUCGGACUCGCGGCGUAUGCCGUAUGUAAAUAACUCUACGUUUGCGUUCGAUUCGUACAAGGAACCACUUAUACGAACGGAAGGAGCGCCAGGUUUGUCAUCGCCGAUGGUAGGACCUCCACCGCCGUCAACACCCGUUAACAGUCGCCGUUUCUCGUUGCGACCCACUCAAAAUCAAGGUGGAAUUUCAACACCAGGAAGUACAACGACCACCCCCGUUCCUCCCCUGAAAGGUCUACCUCGUUGGAAGGCUGGUAUGCUGCAACGACAAAUCGGUCAAAAGAAUCUUCGACGUCGAGUCAGGGCUUUCAGUCUGAGCGAUGUUCACGUGGACGAUGGCAAAGAAAAGACCGCCGACUCGUCAUCCAAUAUCUAUACGAAGAAAAACGGCCGCGACAUACCUCGUAGAAACGAUGGACCGCGCGAGACCGGUGGCGAAUCCACGAGUUCAGAUCUACGAGAAACAGUUCCCACUAAAAUUCGGUUCGAGGACAAGGGCACGCCGCUGUCAAAGGAUACGAUCCAACGUACAACACCAGAUGGAAGCGAAGGAAAGGAACAGUCGCGAGCGACUGUCCCUAGAAACGAAUACACUUCGUUCGUCACCGCUGACAUAGAGUCGCGGCAACCGUUAGUGGAAGUAAAAGUAGAAACGCCAGCAGUGAGUUCUGUUCAAGGAACAGAUUUCCUCACUCUCAUGGAACUGAAAGUCGAAAAACCGAAUUCUAGUUCGAGCGAAUCGUGACACAACGCCACCGUUGGAAUGCCUGUAAAUGCAAUACCAUUAACGAAGGAAUUGUAUUUUUUUUUUGCGAUACGAUUCCUGAAAUCACUCAAAUUUUAUUUGAUCAUUCAAUACAAUAAAUUAAAUAUGAUUUA